GUGUGUCCGACGGCAGUGAGGCUUUCCUUCACCGUGUGCUGUGUUAUGCUGUGUGAGCACCACUGAUAAAAUCACGGGAACAAGACAGCAGCGUAGACUCUUUAAAGGGUCUCUUUGGCUACCUCCCCUGAUUGUGUUUCAGGUCCAAAUUUUCUUUCUGCCCCGCCUUGCUUGGUGGUAAGUGUUUUACUAAAAGUUAGCUAUGGCAGAAGAAUUACAAGAACUUCAGGAUCUUGUGGCCCAAUUAAGAGCUGAUAAUGAGAGACUUAGACAAGAACAGACUCAAAUUGUUAUUCCAGGUCCCAGUACAGCUCCUAUUUCUACCACCUUACCCUCUGGUGCACAGCAAUCUGCUGGUGCAAGUGCUCCAUCUACUGAGCGAUUUGUGUUUGUUCCCCGAGAUAGGAAGUGCCCAAAAUUUAGCGGGAGGCCCGGUAUUACCAUAAAUGAAUGGGUAGAGGAGGCACAAGCCUGUAUGCGGGUUCGCCAUUUGUCUAGAGCUGAUCAAGCAUUCUUUCUUUUUGAUCAUUUAGAGGGAGAAGCUCGGGAUGAGAUCAGGUAUCGGUCUGAGACAGAGAGGGGGGAUCCAGAUAAGAUAAUUCGGGCCUUAAAGGAAUUGUAUGGGUGUUCUUUGUCAUAUGUAGCAUUGCAACAGGCAUUUUUUUCCAGGAGGCAGCAGGAAGGAGAAACACUUUUAGAGUUCUCUAUUGCAUUGAUGGGCCUCUUGGAGGGGGUAAAACAGCAGUCGCCGCAUGCCAUACCAAAUGCAGAAGCUUUAUUGCGUGACCAGUUUGUCGAGCACGUGCUCGAUAUUGGUCUUUGUCGGGAACUAAAACAAUUAGUCCGCCGUGACCCUACCUCUUCCCUCUUAGAUGUUCGUAGCGAGGCAAUGCGCUGGGAGCGGGAGGGAAUGCCUGGGGGUGCGAGAGGGCGAAGUCAGUCUGUACCAGUGGCCUAUGGGGCCCAGUAUGCCAUACAGGGGGAGUCGCAGGUAGUUCGGUUGAGCUCCCCUCCCAAGUCGGAGCUAGCAGAGUUACGGGAAAUGUUGAAGUCACAACAAGAACAGUUAAACCAACUUACCCAAGGGUUGGCUCGCUUGCAGGUCCCUAAUUCAUAUAGCCGGUCCCCACGUCACAGUAAUAUAGUAUGUCGGAGGUGCCAACGGUCUGGCCAUUUUGCCCGAGAGUGUGAUGGAGAACGUGUUCUCCCUCACGCUCCAGCAGUGGGUACAUCUUCGACUGGGUCUGGGCAGUUUCGAUCUUCACAGCCGUCGGAAAACUAAUCCCCACCGGGCUGCGGAGUCACAGCGCGGAUGGGGAGUCAUUUGACUCAAAUGUUGUAAACUGUCUAAAUUCUGUCUCUCGUUUGGUGUCCUCCUGUCCUCAUCUUAAUGUGCUCAUCGGUGGUGUUCAAGUGCCAUGUUUAGUGGAUACCGGUUCCAUGGUGUCCACGAUCACCGAGAGUUGCUUUCACCAGUAUUUUGAACCAUGGGGGCAGGAUCGUCUUAGGUCGUGUCAAUGGUUGCAACUUACCGCUGCGAAUGGUCUUGCGAUUCCUUAUAUCGGGUAUAUGGAGCUCGAUGUCGAACUUUGUGGUAAAGUAGUACCGGAGUGUGGAGUGCUGGUUGUCCGAGAUCCUCCUGGUGGCGCCGGUGGACAUGUCCCGGGUGUUUUGGGGAUGAAUGUCCUUGGCCGGUGCUACCAGGAACUUUUUGGACAACAUGGUACAUCCCUUUUUGACUUACCGGUGGUGUCACAGGCCCCUAGCUCCGUCACAAAGGCAUUACAACAUUGUAGUAAGGUUAGUGUCCAGA